UGGCGGCGCUGCCAAUCAACGCGAACGAUUUUCCACUCUACCACUACCACCCCGUAACCGUGACUCUUGCCCAAUAAUCUGAUCAAACGAUUGUUUUUUUUUUUGUACGAAAGACAGUAAGAGGGGAAGAGAUAUUAGGAAGUCCAAUCACGCACGUUUUUCUUACCUCGCGUGAGGCAACGCGUCAUUGUGACAGUGUAGUGUAAGAGUCCGAAAAAAUCAGCUGGUACGUUUGUCUCUCUGCUAUUGCUCCUGUUACUCAUUCGUUCAACGAAAUACAUUAAUAUAUAUUAACGAGGUCCACAUAACCCUGAAAAAUGAAUUAUUCAGACGUCGACAACAGCAGGACGAGUCUUCGUAGAAUCGCACGACAUGACGAGCCAGAGUUCAGUUGCGCCAGCAUUUUGAACAGCAUGGAAAGAUUCGUCAAAACUGUCAGCGAAAUGGAAGAAACGAUCUUAAUACCAAGAAGACUGUUGGAUUUGACAGUAGGUGAUGCUGGUGAUACGAUUCGUUUGAAAGCUGGUAAUAACGUUAAGGAAACGUUAGCCAAUACGGAUUUGUAUCGUUUGUAUCACAUCGUCAAUCAAAUGAAAGUCGAAUUACUUUGGUCUAAGGAGGAUCGCGUACAACCCCGAGAAGAUGAGGAUGCCGAUAAAUCAGUUCUAGCUUAUCAAACUAGCACAGAAACUGCUAACAGAUUGGGACACGCACGUUGUCCAAGUACUACAUCGAUGCAAAGUAUACAAAGCGCAUCCUCUAUCGCAUCUUCUCUAUCAUCCGAUUCCGAGUCCGAAAUUGGAGUUGAAAAUGAUUCCAGUCUUGAGAACGAGGAGUGUAUCGAUCUAGCUAAUUCAUUUGCCAACAACUUCAAACAUCAUUUACGGGGACUUCAUCGUAGUAUCAACAGGAUGACCGAUGUUGCUCAAUAUCUUACGCUUCGAUAUCAAGUAGAUGUAGACGGCCAAAUCUGAUUUGGUAGUUUCCUUCCUACGAUUCGAUAAGUUUAACGACCAUUGAUCGCAUUAAGUCGUUUAUAAACUUGUACACAAGAAAAAAAAAAACAAGUUUAUUCUAUAUUUGUCGCGAUGCACGUGCGCGCGCGUGCCUAUGCGACACACACACAUACACAUACACACACAUACACCCACCUUAUUCAGAUAUAUCUUCUUAGGGUUUAACGAUCGAAAUGUGAUUAACUAAGUGAGACCACUUCGCCUCACCUCAAAUUUAAUUGUUAGGAUGAUGUGUCUCGUUUGGUCCAAACUUAGGAGCAAUUAUUCUUCAUAGAAGAUUUUAAUUGUUGAAACCUAAACUACCUUAAGUAAUUACAUUGUUAAAUCUAUCUUGACGAAUUUUAUAUAAAUUGAAAAAAAAUAAAACGUCCAUAGUUACAAAAAUUUAUAGUCAAAAUAGAAUUUGGGGCUCUUUUUUCUCCAUAGAAAUAUGUUAAAUCGUUACAAAAGUUUAUAAUAUAUCAGCCAAAAUUGGCAACGAUAAUUACAAAAAUAGAAUGCAUAAUUAUUGAACGUCGAUCGGGGGCUCUUUAAAAAAGAGUAUCGGAAUAUAUAUUAUUUUCUAUUUUUUCUUUUUUUUUUCUUUUUUUAAGUUAUUUUUUAUUCUUCUCGUUUACAAAUGGUCGUUACUAUCGAGAACUAAUUUUAUUUUAUCUUAUAAUGUUCUUCGUUCGAAAUGAAAACAAAUUAUCGAUAUUUCUAUCGUACAAAAAUGGUUUCAUAUUUUAUUUAAGUUAAUGGAAUAUAUUUGGGGAGUAUUUAUAAAAUCGCGAAAGUUCAUCAAUGAAGAAAAAAAAACAAUAAAGAAAAGAAAAAGAAAAAUAUGAUCAUCCGAUGUUAUGUCCGUUAAAAGAACGGACAUAAAACCGAUAAGAAUAUUCGUUUAAUGGCACGUUUCAUAAUAAAAUUUCGUUUCUCUUGAUUAGAAAACGUUUGUAAACUGUAAAUAAAAAGAAAUGCAAGAUUAUUGCAUUGUAAUUAUCGCUCGCGCUUGAAAAAUUUUUACAUUGAGAUUUCAAGAUUAUUAUACUAGCGAGCUUAACGGACAUUCCAUAUUAUUAUUAUGAUUAUUAUUAUUACUAUUAUUAUUAUUAUUACUGUGUAACAUAAUUUCAAAAUCGACUGAUUAUUAUUUCACAUUAUAGCGAACAAAUAACAAAAAAUAUCGAAUGUAGCAAAUUGAUUCAAAUAUGUAUUCGAUUAUUCAAUUUCAAAGUCCAAAUAAAAAUGAAAAAACAACAAUACACUAUAGGCUUUUCUAUAAUUUAGCGAAUAAUAUGCGAAUUAAAUAUGACUACUUCGAUACCACGAAGUAUACAAUUAAAUUUUAUCUGAAACAAUUUAAAAAGGAAAAAGAAAAUAAGAAAAAGAUACACAGACACACACAAGCGCGAAAAUAACUAUUUUUCUUUAUGUAACCAUCUCGUACAAAGUACAAUUGCUGCUGCAUUAUAUGGAAAGAUCGUAUAUUCUUCUUCUUCUUCUUCUUGGAAAAAGAUAAAAUAAAUAAAUAAAUAAGUAAACGGAGUCAAACGGGUUACUUUUGAAUGAAAGUACAAUGAUACAUAAAUUAAACAAUUCUACUAUUAGUUAAAUAUAAUUAAAAAUACCCAUGCGAUUUGAUUAUUGUAACCAAAGUGACAUGUUAUAAAAAAAAAAAAGAAUCGCACGAUGAUCUGUUUUGACUGUAAACACACACACAAAAGAAUGAUCCAGUCAAAAUUGCAAAUGUAGUCAUGUAAUAUUAUUUAUGUAAGAAAAAGUAUUGAAAUUUGAUGCUUUAUUUUUUCCAAUUUCGAUAAACCCUUUUUUUAUUAUUAUCAAUUUUUCUUUCUCUUCUCUUUUGUGCUUAUUGACGUGUAUUUUAUGUAUAUAAACAUGGUUUUAUUGUUAUUUAUUUUUCUAGCACUAUUAGUUGUAAUAAAGCCUUGUAUAUCCCUAA